AUGUCGGACUCCAAGCAGGAAGAGGUACACGGUAUCUCCAGUGUGGUCGAGGACACUCCGCAGGUCAUUGCUGGAUAUGGUGAAUCCGCCAAGAGAGACGGUGCUAAGACACAAACCGUCCGCAACGCCGAGCUUUUUGCUGCUAUCAAGGAGACUAAAAUUGAGCGAUGGAGCAAAACUUCCAUCCAUUUGUACUUCUGUAUUUUUGUGGCCUUCCUCUGCGCCUGCGCCAACGGAUAUGAUGGUUCCUUGAUGGGAUCGGUCCUGGCGAUGAGCCACUACCAGGAUGUUUUCAAAACCGGAUUGACAGGCGAAAAGGUCUCUGUGGUUACUUCGCUAUACACAGUUGGAUCCAUCGUCGCUACCCCAUUCAGUGCGGUCAUCUCUGACAAACUCGGUCGUCGCAAGUGUAUGUUCGUCGGUGCUUGGGUGAUUAUCGUUGGCUCAAUCGUCAUUGCAACCGGUAUGACCUUGGCUCAGUUUGUGGUUGGUCGUUUCAUCCUUGGUGUUGGAAUUCAAAUCAUGGUUGUGUCUGCCCCUGCAUAUGCCGUUGAGAUUGCGCCGCCGCACUGGCGUGGACGUGCUGUUGGUUUCUACAACUGUGGUUGGUUCGGAGGCGCCAUUCCCGCUGCGGCAAUUACCUACGGCACAAACCAAAUCAACAGCAACUACCAGUGGCGCAUUCCGUUCAUUUGCCAGUGUUUUGCGUGUAUCUGUGUCAUAUUCUGUGUGUGGUUCAUCCCCGAGUCACCCCGAUGGCUCAUCGCCCAGGGACGAGAGGAAGAGGCCGCCGCCUUCCUUACCAAGUAUCACGGCAAUGGAGAUCCUAACGCGCGUCUUGUUCGUCUGGAAAUUGAGGAGAUGAAGGAAGGUAUUCGAAUCGAUGGUAUUGACAAGAGAUGGUGGGAUUACCGCCCUUUCAUCACCACUCACAGCGGUCGAUGGAGAUUUGCGCAGGUUAUCAUGAUCAGUGUUUUCGGGCAAUGGUCAGGAAACGGCCUAGGUUAUUUCAACUCAACCAUCUUCAACGUCCUGGGAUAUAAAUCUAGCUCGAUGCAGCUGCUCCUCAACCUGAUCAACCAAAUCAUCUCCGCUAUUGGUGCCGGAACUGCAGUUUGCCUGACUGAUCGGAUGCCACGUCGUCCAGUCCUUAUCUGGGGUACUCUGGCUUGUGCUAUCACCAUGGCCAUCAACGCUGCGAUCUCUCUGCCAAUCGCGAGUACGGGAAGUAUCAGCGCUACCAAAGGUCAAGCUGCUUUGGCAUUCUAUUAUCUAUUCAACGUUGUUUUCUCUUUUACCUAUACACCACUGCAGGGUGUGGUACCCGCCGAGGCACUGGAGACCACCACUCGUGCCAAGGGUCUGGCUUUGUCUGGCUUCAUGGUCAGCUCGAUCAGUUUCAUCAGUCAAUUCGCGUCGCCAAUUGGACUAGGCAACAUCUCCACGAACUAUUUCUGGAUCUUCGUUGGAUGGGACUUGGUUGAGGUUGGCUUUUGGUACUUCUUCUGUGUCGAAUCGCAGGGCCGUACUCUCGAGGAGCUUGAGUGGGUCUACCAGCAGCCUAACCCGGUCAAGGCUUCGCAGAACCUGGACAAGAUCGUUGUGCAAGAGGAUGGCACUGUUACUGAGAAAAUCGAAGCUGAUGCUUAA